CUGAUGGUCUUCUUCUUCUAUAAAAUAAAAAAAAAAAAAUACAGGUUUCUCUAACCUGAGGCUAUUGAAACUUGGUUUACUGGAUAAUAAAAGAUGCAUGUGCUUAUGCUUCUGUUUGAAUAAUGUACAUGUGCUGUGGGUGUAAGAGUGAUUGUAUGUGCAGUUCCUUUUUUCCCUUGGUUAUGAUUUAAUUUGCUUCUUAUAUAUUUAACAUGAUUGCAGCGGAAAAGAGAUUCUCCUGCCACUGGCUCAUGGAACAUCCAAGAUGAAAUACGAAAAGUGAGAUCUAAAGCAACAGAAGAAAUGCUGAGGACUCUAACAUCCUCAAAAUUUGAUUGGUCUUCAUUUCCAUUGGAGCAUAAAAGUGGUCCUGAUUCUAUAGUUUCCAAUAACUUUGGACCUGCUGAGAAAGAUAAGUCACAGAGCUCUAAAAGGCCAGUAGAUGCACCUAUAGACUUGGCUGCAAAACCAGGUGCAGUUUUUGUAUCAGCUAGUGUUUCCUGAUUUUCAAAAUUCAGCUAGUCUGUUCAGUUUCUAGGUGAUGAAAAUCAAAGACAUUAGCUCUCCUCCUUUGUCCUUUCAGCUUCACAACUUGUACAAGAUGCAUUUCAUAAUGAUGCUUUACCAAGACCAGCUAUUUUUGGUUGUGAACAAAACCAGUUUAUGCCAGCAAUUCAAGGCAUUGAGGUGAAAAAAGUGAGAUUUUUGAGAUCAAAUGUGACUUUAGACAUGGGACAGAGACUUCAAUCAACAGAAGAUAUGAAGACUGAAUUACAUAGUGAUGUUGUUGCUCCUGAUGCCAAUCAUUUAAAGGAAUCCAACAGUUCAUUCCUACCAUUUGGCUCUACUAAGGAAGGAACUCUUCAGGGAUCACAAGUAGAAGAUAAAAACUUUUGGACAUUAAAUGAAGUUGCUGGAAUAAGUACUGCCAACGGAUUCCCUUCAAGAUCCAAUAUGUCUUCUGAAGUGGAUAAAGAGAAAAAUCAUACACCUAUCAGCAAGGUGGACAAGGCAGUUGGUUGUGGACAUGACAAUGCAUUUAGAGUUGUGGCAGAGGUGAAGUGUGAGCCAUUGUGUGAGGAAUCUAUGGAGGUGCCAAUGGUAAACAAAACUGAUGCUGCCACCUCUGGUUCCCAACACAGUUGGAGCAUGCCGUUUGAAGGUUCACCACAACACCAGAAUACGCCAAUGUCAGAAGGCAGCUUGGCAGGCAAAAGCAACUCUGGUAUAGGGAAGAAGCCGCAGCAGCAGGGAAAGAAAGUGAGCGGAUAUAACAGGAGAGGCAGAGGACGGGGCAGAUGAUGCUAUAUCAUGCAUGUAUGUAGCUAGCUAACUGUAAAAUGACCUGUGUAAACUUGCCGACGCUAAAGAUAAUGGCAUGACAGACAACACUUGUAAGCUGUAUGAAGACUGACAAAUGCGGUUUCGAACCAACCGGUCUUUUAGCUGUCUAAGAUGGCUGAGAUUUAGGUUUCAGAAGUUCAGUUUAGGAAUUGAUUUUUAUAGUUUGUUUGCAUCAAAAUCGUGUUACUUAUCAUACAUAUUGAAGUUUUAGGUGUCAGAUGCGCAAUGCAUUUAAGUACUUCUAUCUUAAUUCUGUGGGUGCAAACAUCUGUUUAAUUAUACAUGUACCAUAAAAUCAACAAACAUAUUGAAGUUUUUUAUAACAUUUAUAUGCAUUACAACAAAAA